UACCGAUCCUACCGCAAAAUAACACGUGGUGCGAAAUUCGAGAUGGCAUCGAAAUGCUCACACAGGAAGAAGAUUGAGGACAUGACAGCCGAGGAAAUGAUGGCUGCAUCUGACUCGGACUCUGGGAGCGAAUGGUCUAAUCCUGAGGAAGAUGUGGGAGAAGAUGGUGACAAGAAUGUGGAGGAUGAGGAAGAUGACGAUGAUGAUGACAGUGAAGAUGAGGAAGGUGAUGUGGUAGAGGAGGAUGAAGAAGAAGUGUUGGUGGGUGAAAAGGAAUACGGCGGACCAGAGGAGACAACUAUAGAGGGGAAAAAGAUGAGCAAACACAAGCAGUCUUUGGAGAAACUCAAGGAAACUGACCCAGAAUUCUACAAAUUCUUGCAAGAAAAUGACCAGGAGCUGUUGGCCUUCGACGACUCCGAUGACGAAUUAUCCAGCGACGAGGAAGGUGCUCUCCACGAACUGCCUGACAAACUGGAGGAGCAAGUUGAUAGCGAUGAUGAGGAUUACGUUGCUGGCGGCGACAGAAUGAAGCCCCCAAAACGUGAGGGGAAGGAUGUGACCCUGGCCAUGGUGGAUAAGUGGCGGCAACAACUUGAGGCAAAUUCAUUGAACAGUUUCCAGGAGGUUGUUAAGGCGUUCAGGGCUGCCGUACAGCAGAUAUCGUCAGCUCAAGAAGGCAACAAGUACAGAGUGGAGGGCAGUGGAGUGUUCAAUGCCGUCGUCAGUCUCUGCUUGAAGCAUGUCCAUCCUUCUUUGCAGAACAUACUUCAGUUGGAGGACAAGCCAACAAAAAAACGAAAUCUGCCUUCGUCUUCCAAACGGUGGAAGCAAGUCCAAGCUAGCGUCAAGUUUUAUCUCACUGACAUCAUGAAGCUGCUGAAGCAAUUAUCCGAGACCACCAUUGUCUGUGUUGUGUUACGUCACAUCCACCGCAUGAUCCCUUAUUUCUGCUGCUAUCCACGGUUGGCCAAGGACCUAGUUAAGGGACUGGUGGGCCUGUGGAGCACCGGGGAGGAGGCAGUGCGAGUGCUGUCGUUCCUGUCGCUCUUCUCAAUCCAUCGCUGCAUGCUCAAGAACGGCUGGCUGGAGUACAUCCUGAAGCAAAUGUACUUGGCGUAUGUGAGGAACACCAAGUUCACGUCGCCUUCCACACUGCCUCUCAUCAACUUCAUGCAGCGUUCCCUGACUGAAAUGUUUGCUGUCAACACGCAGUUGGCAUACCAGCACGGUUUCGUGUACAUCCGACAGCUAGCCAUCCACCUGCGCAAUGCCAUCACAGUCAAAAAGAAGGACACCUACCAGUCUGUCUACAAUUGGCAGUACAUCCACUGUUUGAAUCUCUGGUGUCGUGUCCUGGCAACGCUACACGCCGAUGAAACGCUCCACCCCCUGAUCUACCCGCUGGUUCAGACUGCCAUCGGAGUCGUAAAAUUGAUCCCCGCUGCACGGUAUUAUCCUCUACGCUUCCAGGUUGUCCGAUCCCUCAACCUUCUCUCUGAAGCAACGGGUACAUUCAUACCUCUCCUGCCCUUCCUUCUGGAGAUCUUUGAGUUCACUGACUUCAAUAAGAAGCACUCCAGCAUCUCCUUCCGACCUUUGAACUUUGCUGUCAUGCUCAAGGUGUCUAAAUCUCAACUCAACGAAAGAGCAUUUAAGGAUGGCUUGAUAGACCAGUUGUAUGAGCUGCUGCUUGAACAUCUGCAAGUGCAUAGCCACGCGAUUGGAUUCCCCGAGCUGGCUUUGCCAGUCAUAAUGCAGCUUAAAGCCUUCCUGAAGAAGUGCAAAGUGGCCAACUACUGCAAGGUGAUAAAGGGCCUUCUGGAGAAGGUCCAGGAGACCUGCCAGGAGAUUAAUCGACAGAGAGACUCUGUGACCUUUGGCGUGUCAGACGAUGCCGCAGUGAAAGCAUGGGAGAACAAGGUGAAGAUGCAGGGCACCACAUUGAGCAAGCACUACGCCACCUACAAGAACUUGCGUGAGAAGGAGCUGAGACGGGAGGAGGCAGGAAAGGAGACCAUGACUGAUGACAUUCCUACAUUGCACAAGAGGCAACUGCAGAGGAAGGAGGAAGACAAACGACAAUUUGGGGAGCUGUUUGAGGCAGACAGUGACUCCGAGGAUGACAUCCUGGUGCGGGCUGAGCGAAAGCAGGAGCGCUAUACCCCAAGCAAGAGAGGUCAGAAGAGGAAGAACGACAACUUGAAUGAUGACGGUAGUGAUAAUUUUGAUGAUGAUGAAGGGGAUGAUUCUGAUGAGGAUGAUGAUGGCACCGACGAAGCAGAAAGUGGUGAGGAUGCGACGGAGGCUUGGGCUGCAGGAGAAGGGGUCAGGGCAAAGGUCAAUCCCAUGUCAAAGGUCAAAGGCAAAGUGAAAGUGCUGGAAGAGGGAGAGGAUAAGGAGGACAUUGUCAGGGAUUUUGAUUUCUGGUGUGAUGAAGAAAGCGAGGGUGUGGAUUCGAAGAAGAAAAAGAAGAAUGUUGGUGGACUGAAGAAAAAGAGUGGGAAGAAACUGACUGGCAGACAAAAGAGUAUUAAAGAAGGAAACUUUAAAAAGACCGGGUUUACGUCCAAUAAGGGCAAGAAAGUCAGGGUUGAGAAAAAAGUAAAACCAAGACCGAAGUCUUAGAUACUAAACAAUUAUGGAUAAAUAACUCUCGUACGUACAAAUGUAGUGAAAAUAGCAUAUUAAUUGGUAUUUGCAGUGUUUAUUAUACGAAUGGACAAAGAAUUGGAUUGGUGUAGAAUUGGAACCUGUGACCCGUAGAGAAUACUGCCAGUGGUCAUCGGUUUGGGUCCAACUCCAGUCGCGCUCAGUGCUUAGAUAUCUUUUUAAUAUUGUAUUUUGAGACUAUGACUUUCCUGAAAACAUAGUGUAUAGAAUUCCAGAGUGUUUUUUGAUCAAUUUCUCGCGUCGGCCUACAAAACCACAGACCAAAUUGGCCUUUGUUCAAACCAAGCAGAAUUAUUCAAUCUACUUCCUGUGGAGCUGUUGGUUAAGUGUCAAUUACCAUGAUGAUGAGUCAUUUGCUGCAUGUGUAAUAAAUUUGUAAUAAAAUGUUACAUUUUAAAUCACAACCUGUGCCCAAAUACAAGAUACAGUGUACAUGUAUAUUUAUUUCGUUUAGACGGUGUUUUUUGAGCAACAUUACUUCACUUAUAUAUAUUUGUUACUGUACGUGUACUUUACAAGCUAUUGCUUAUUUUGUCGGCAAGGCUGUUUGUGAUUUAUGUCCAAAUCACGUCUUUACCUUUUUCUUUUCGUCGUAAAUCAACACCUUGCUUUAAAAUCUAGUGAUCUGACAAUUUACAUGUUGACCGUCCAUGCGAAGUUCUGUACUUUAUGGGGGUAGCACUGGGAGCGGUAGUUGAAAUUAUGCCCACCUGAAUGUGAGCCAUACAUGUUCCAAGGCAGUUUUCUUAUGACGCCAAGCUUGAAAGAAGUCUAUACCACUGGAAUAAAAUAUGAGCGCCUGUGCACAAAACGAA